UUUUGUCAGAUUGGCAAUGGGCAUCAAGUUUUAUAAGAUGAAGGAAGCAGUUUUGGAGGGACAUUUGUUGAGGUCAAGAGAGGAUGCAACAACCAAUAUUGGUCUGGUUGUUGGGUCUUCCUUCCCAAACAAAACCCAAAAAGAAACACAGAAUUAGAGCAAGUCACCAAUACCAAACGGAUGGCCACCUUUUCACACACUAAAUGGUGUACUAAACUUAAGCUUACUUAAGAAUCUAAAUCACAUUCAAAAAACUUCAUCGCCCUCUAACCCAUUCUACUCAACUUAAUUUUGCUCCAAUGCUUGAGAGUUAUUAUGCAAAAUUCACCAACUUUUUACCUGUUUUUUGCUUUAAAAUAUACUAUGGUUCCAACCGUUUUCACUUUUUUGAUGAAUAUUUGCCUUUUGCAAUAAAAAAUCUUGGAAUUUUUAUUAUUUUUUCAACCCUUAUUUCAAGAAUGAACUUUAAAAAAGUUACAAAAAAGGUAGUUUUGAAGGGGGAUCAGAUCUUUGCUUUAACCACUUUUGAAAGAGGAAGGUUUUAUUUGCAAUCAAGCGGUGAUUAUUGUUUCCACGUCCAAAAUGAGAGGCCCACUUAUCCGUGGAAGAAAAGCAAGAAGGAUGUUCAUGUCCAAAUGACUGCUCCGGAUGUUACAUACGAAGCCUCCAUUACCACCACAAGUUUCAACCCUCUCUCUGAACACACUUUAAUGGCGUCCCUUCCACCAAUCAAAGUUUCUAGUUCAGAUAACCUUCACUUCUCCCAUUGAUUCGUCCUCUUCUUCUCUAACUUAACUUCAUCAAACAAUGCUACUCCCUGCAAUCAACUCCGCCCCUUUCUCCUGCUCUGUUCGUCUCACUAACCCCAUCUCCGUCUUUUCACGGAAUGUCGCCGUCGCCGUCUCCGCCCAAGCGUCGCCGGCGAAUUCUAGCUACAGCGUCUCCGACAAGGAUCUCGAAUCCCGAGGCUUCAUGCUUCACCGCACCGUCUCCGACCUCAACCUCGACCACCUGAACUCGGUCUUCGCCGCCGUCGGAUUCCCCAAGCGCGAUCCGGACAAGAUCAGGAUUGCGUUGGAGAAUACGGACGCCUUGCUCUGGAUCCAAUACAGUAAAACGCAACGGCCGGUGGCGUUCGCUAGGGCUACAGGCGACGGCGUGUUCAACGCGAUUAUAUGGGAUGUGGUGGUGGAUCCAUCCUUCCAAGGGCUUGGUUUAGGGAAGGCUGUGAUCGAGAGGAUUAUCGAGGACCUGCUGCGUAAAGGCAUUUCCAAUAUCGCAUUGUAUUCGGAGCCUCGUGUGCUAGGGUUCUACAGGCCUCUAGGUUUCGUCGCGGAUCCGGAUGGGAUCCGUGGAAUGGUGUACUCGAGAAAGAAAAAGAAAAACUAAAUACAGAAUUCCUCAAAUUCAAUUGCAUCUGAUUAUUUUCUCGCA